AUUACACGAUGCUCUCAAGCGCCAAAACUUAUAAAAGGUAAUUAAUAAUUCCCCAAAGUUUCUCCUACCUGUAUUUCAGAGGCCACAUAUGGCCUCCCCAGAACUUAGUACUCCUGUGCCUGAUAAGGCUGCUGCCAUAUCGCGUACGCCAUCAUACAUCCAAUUUGCUCCCCGCCGUGCAAUGGCAUCCUUCGAGAACCUCGUCGCACUCGCAAACCACCAAGAGCGACUUCGAGAAGCCCGGAAGAUUGUCUGGAGGGAGCGCGGAGAGCCUGCUGCUGAGCUUGAAGAUCUUUGGGAGUGCAUGGAACAUGCGGGACGAGGAGGAUUAAGAGCUGCAGCAAUUGCUUUUGCCCUCCGGGCAAGUGUAAAUCUCGUGCUGGCCACGAUAAGAAUAGGAAAGGUGCCAAAGUACAUGAGGCUCUCACUCAUUCAACACGCGAUCUUUGGAAAGGACUCGUUUAGAUUUGCAGCCAUGCUUGGCUCCUUCGUGACUAUUUACAAAGCGACACUUAACGCUCUCCCCAUCCUCAUUCCCGUUAAUGAACGUGCAAGCCCACCCUCACCAUUUGAUGACGAAGAUGAAGAUAUCGAAAUGUGGGUCCGUAAAAAGACACGACGAUGGCACGCUAUGUUUGCUGGUGCUCUGGCCGGUGGCCUGGCUGUCAUGUUUGAAAAGCGAUCAAGAAGGGUGGCUAUCGCACAGCAACUCUUUGUUCGAGGCCUUCAAGGUUCAUAUAACUCGUUUACUUCAAAGCACGGUUUCCAUAUACCCAACGGAGAAGUGCUCAUGUUCUGUCUUUGCUGUACGCAAAUUGUGUACGGGUUCCUUGCUCGACCGGACACACUCCCACGAUCAUACACGACAUGGCUUACAACUGCGUCGGGCGCUCCAACAAACGCAAUUAAGAUGGUCCAAGACAUGAACCAAACUGGGAUGUUUGACGUACAGGACCUCGACAAGAUCCUCAACCGCGAGGACCUCAUACCCCCCAAUCAGGUCGCUCUUCUUGCCAGAAAAGCACUGGCUACCAGUUCACCGCCUAACUUUGGCCCGUCUUACCCUCCCUGUGGCGCCGUGCACCCCUGGGUAGAGUCAUGCACACACGUGCCUCUACCGCGUUUCCUCACGGUAUUCAAAUGGGCCUUCCCAAUCUAUGGCGCUCUUCACUUUGUCCCGAUGAUAUUGUUAAAGCGGCAUGCAUUCUUCAAGGACCCAUUGCAUAAGCUUGGACGUGCAGGCUGGGCUACGAUACGGAGUUCUGCAUUCUUGGCGACGUUCAUUGCUACAUACCAGACGUGGUUCUGUUUCAAACAUUACCUCCACCGGCUUCUCUCUUCCCAAACCUUAGUCAAGCUCCCACAGAAAUUCAUCGACUUCUUCUCGUCAAAGUAUUCCUAUGCGCUCGGUGGAUUCUUUGGUGCGCUAUCUCUCUUUGUCGAAGAAAAGCGGAGACGAGGCGAGCUUGCGAUGUACGUUCUGCCGAGGAGCCUGGAGAGUGCCUGGUUGACGGCAAGAGGCAAGGGCUGGGUAUUCCACACCGGUCACUUUGGAGAGAUGAUUCUCACUGCAAUCGGAAUGAGCAUGGUAAUGAAUACUUAUCAGAAUGACCCGCAGCAUCUGUCUGGACUUGUCAGGCGGAUAUUAUAUCAGUUCAUCGGACCUAACUGAGCGAGAUCAGCGUGGUCAUAUUAUGGCACAUCCUCUUGGGAGAUUUUUUUUUGUGGGCAGUCAUUUCAUUGCUCGCUUUUAUAGC